AACCGCUGUCAUGAGUAGUGAAAUCGGGUUAUUUAAAAACGUGAAUCGCUAACAUGGCGAGGGGGUUGACGUAUAACUCAUAUGUCUCCUUUUCUGCAGUCGUGUAAUGAAAGAGAAAGUAGGUCGGUGAGAAAAACGCUUUGGCCUCGUCGCUUCUUGGAAAUAUAGAGGCGCGAUAAGCGAAACACAGUACCUGGUCGUGCGAGCUGUUGGUCUGCAGUGUGGGUAAUGUCUACACUGCAGCUGUGUUCGAAUCACUGAUUUUGGGAGCCAGUCAGUGAAAUAUCUCGACGUACGUAACGUCCCUGUGUAUGAGAAUAUACGACACUUUGGGAUACAAUGUAAUCAUCAGUAUAAGAUUAAAUGCAGAUGUAGAUUAAAAAUAUGCUCACAAUGGACACCUAUAAUCCCCAGACAAUGAGUGAACCAGAAUCAACGUUGCUGCCUUUCGACACAACGUCACCGUCAUCCCCGUCACGUCAACGACGCCGCCCGGGAGUUUUAUUCUAUACCAUCAUCACUGUGUCCCUUACUGCAAACGUUCUUCUUGUCGUCGCGGUUACCGUCCAAACAAUUAUGGCGUCACGUGACACGCACAAGGUGAGUGUAGAGGGAUUCUCAAAUUCGCUUAGCCACGUGGACACCGCCGCUCAAGUCUGUUUCGCCUGUAACCACCUGGGUCCGCUGAUCGAAUCCAAGGACACUCUCUAUGACGUCAUACGACUCUCUUCUGGUCACACGUUUUGUUGUCAGAGACAGAAUAAUGACAUCACCAAGCUUUUCGGAAAGAUCGUAUCGGACGAAUAUCUGAGGCGAUUGACAGGACGCGAACCACCCAAGUCAGAUAGGGAUAGGAGACACGGGCUGAAUAUCAACAAAGGGUCAACAGGAGCUCAUCUUUAUAUGGUCCCUCAAGCAGAUUCGCCGCCAUCAUGGACAUCAAGCGACAUCUACAACACCUCCUACUGCUUCAACGUGGUGUGUGGUGAUGGGGGUAUUGUCGUUCCAGCGGCCGGCAUUUACCUGGUGUACUCUCACCUCACGUUCACCACACAGCCAGCCUCUGAAGACACAGUCAUACACGUCAUACAGCGGCGGAACCGGAACUUGCCUGGUGUGGGCGAGAAACCCGUCCUGUUCAGUAAAACCUCGUUGACAUGGACGGCAUCUGCGCAGCAAACGUCUUUUCUGUCCGCCGUUGUGAAACUACGCAGAGAAGACAUUAUCCGGGUUACCAUGUCUGAAAACUAUAAUGAUCUGGUUGAGAUGAGGAAGCUUUCAAAUUAUUUUGGUGUGAUCAAAAUGUAAAUUAUGAUCCAAUAUCGUUGUGGCGGGUGGGGGCUGGGGUCACGGGACGUGGGGGAUGUUUUGUGUGUGAGUGUGCCUCUGAGAAAGAUCCAAGACCUUGACUACUGAUGUGCGACCAAGACUCCCCCGGUUCUUACCCAUAACACAAGGGAUGCACGAAUGUUGGUUGGUUGGUUUGUUGUUUUACGCCGCAUCCAAAUGGAUGCACAGAUUUGGCUUACGUUGUGCAUGAAAUAUGCUGUUUGUUUGUUUGUUUGUUGUUUAACGCCGCACUCACAAUAUUCCAGCUAAAUGACGGCGGUUUGUAAAUAAUCGAGUCUGGACCAAACAAUUGCGAUACGAUGACAUGCAUCAUCAACCAAGUCAGCGAGCCUGACAACGGGUCAGAAGAAAUAUGCAACCGAUUCUCCAUUGGUCAUGUUCUAAAUAUGACCCUGUGAUAUCACCGGAUGUUUAUAUACAAUUUGGUAACCCGAGACAAACGGGAAAUUACUUUCUUUGUUUGUUGUUUAACGCCGCACUUAGCAAUAUUCCAAAAGAUAUAUGACUGCGGCCUGUAAAUAAUCGAAUGUGUCCCAGACAAUCCAGCGAUUGAUAUCAUGAGCAUCGGUCCACGCAAUUGGGAUACGAUGACAUGCUUCAACCAAGUCAGCGAGCCUGACUCCCGAUCCCGCAAGUCGCCUCAUGCGAAUGGUGUUAAAUUUGACUAAAUGUAUCUAGGAAAAUUGGUAUUCGCAACAAAAUCGUAAUCAUUAUAUAUAU